CAAGCGCGGUACCCGGGAAGAGCGACUGGGUGGUGAAUCCGAGGGAAGGCGCGGAAGUGGAGAAGCGACGCUGGAACUCGGCCGCUGACUUGGAUCAUGCAGCAUGGAGAGUUACACAUUUGAAGCACAAAUUAAUAACAUCAUGUUAUAUGGCACUUUCAUUAAACCAUGCUGUGCAUUGGCUUGUGAGAAAUUUGAAAAGGGUUCAUCGAAGAAAUAUAAACCAGAUGACAUUUGGACAAUUUGGUGUAAUAAACCGCUGUUGGAGUUGCACAGAUACUGUGAUGUGAUUAAAAUAUACACCUUUUGGCCAUUUUUAUUUGAAUGUAGACAUAACAAUGAGAAAUUUAAUGGAGAUGUCAGUGGAGUUCAGUUCUGUGAGCUAACUUUGGAGAGCCUGAGUGAAAUGGAAACUUUAGAAGAUGUUGCUGAUCUGGCAAAAAGAUUUGCAAAUGUUCCACAUUUCAUCAAAGGCAUACUGAAAAUUGGGAAUGAAAUAGACAGUAGACUCUUUAACAUUACUGAUGCCUUUGAAUGGUUGAAAUAUGCGGAUGAUGUUGGGAUUUUACAGAAACUAGAAACACUUGGAAAUUAUUAUUGGCCUUUUCUAGAAGCCUUUUUUGCUGAAUACAGACAUUAUAUAAGUAAAGUUGUACUGGAGGAUUACAACUUAGUAGAAGAAUUUGAGUCUCAUCAUUGUGAAAGUUGUAUAAAGAAAAGUAAUGAUAUGAAAAAGAAAGGAAAUGAAGAAUUUGCUAAAGAGAAUUUUGAUAAUGCUAUCACCUCCUAUACAAAAGCUAUAGAACUUUGGCCUGAAAAUCACCUUCUUUAUGGCAACCGGGCCCUCUGUUUUCUCCGAACUGGACAGUAUAAAAAAGCUCUGGGUGAUGGGAAAAGGUCCAUUAUUUUGAAGCCCAGCUGGCCAAAGGGACACUAUCGAUUCUGUGAUGCACUUUCACUUUUGGGAGAACACAGAAAAGCACUGGAAGCCAAUGAGAAAGGUCAAGAACUGUGCAGCAGUAGUCCUGAAGGAAUUAAGGAUCUUAUUCAGCAACAUGAGAAAUUAAAAAAGCAAACAGAAGAAAUCCAAGGUGUGAGGCAAUAUAAACACAGAAUAAAGAAAACAACAUUUCAGAAAAAUUCAUCAGAAUCAGCUUCAGUCAGUAACCAACAAUCAAAAAAAUGUAAUGAAAAGAUAAUGCAGUUUGAUAAUCACAACCAUCUCAGUCAGAAGAAACAUAUGAAACAGGUAGCUGUUGAUGCACCAAAUAAAGAACACAGAGACUUACCAGAUUCAGGAACUAAUGAAAAUUCAGGAAAGCAAAAGAGCAGAAUGAGUGAUUCCGACAAGACAAGUGUCCACCUGAAUUCUAAAGUUGAUUGUCAAAAAUGUGUAGACAAAAAGGAUACUCCAUGUAGUUCUAUGCAUCAGGUGGUUGGAGUGUUGUCAGUAGAAAAGUUGAAGACUUAUAUAAAAGAUGGAUGUACAGCUUUGAUAGAUCAUCGUUUUCACAAUGCUGAACAAUCCUUUGAACAAUUACUGAAUGUUCUAAAUCCAUCAGAGCUUCAGCGCCUGAAUCUUGGUAUUAUUGACUAUGUUGUGAUAAUCUAUGGAUAUGCCACUGCUCUUCUUGGAACAGGGCAGCCUGCGGAACUAGCAAAAGCUGAAGACCAUUUUAACAAGAUAAUUGAAGAGUAUCAAAAAGUAAGGUUUAAUUGCUUGGCACACUAUGGAACCGGAAGAGUAUAUUUGAGACAGAACAGAUUUUCAGAAGCUCUAGACCAGUUCAUGAAAUCAAAGUUCAUGAUUGGUUAUAAGAUUGUGCCUGGUGUAUUAACAUGGCCCACAACUUCUGAAGUUAUUGAAGAGACAAGGGCAGAAAGAUUACAAGUUAUGUUGGAGGAGUAUAUUGAAGAUUGCAAAUUUCCUCCAAAUCCAGAUGCAAUUUGUCGCUAUCAACAGUGCCAAACACGUAAAAUCAAAAUAUAUUUUAGUGAUCCAGAUUUCAAGGGGUUUAUACGUGUUACUUGCUGUGAACAGUGUAUAGUGGAGUUUCAUGUAAGUUGCUGGAAAAAGCUGAAAGCUACAAGAUUCAAUGAUAAAAAUGACAAGGAUUUUCUUCAACAAGUCUGUUUCACUCCAGAUUGUGGAGGCCUCAUUUCAAAAAUUGUUCUCUUCAAUUCAUCUGGUAUUAUCAAAUGUGAGUUUGAGCAUAAAAUAAAAACCAAGAAUACCCCACGGCCCAUUGUUAAACAGAAAUGUUCAAGUUCUAGGAACUUGAAGUUAAAACAUGAAAAAAAGCUAAGAAGAAAAUUUCUGAAAGAAUCUACCUUGAAUUCCACAAAAGACAUUGCAGAAGAAUAUCAAAGAGGAAACUGUGUGCCAAAAUAUGAUACUCAUAAAGGAAGCGUUCAGAAAUGUUUAAUUUUUGGUGAUACUGUCCUACAACUUAUUGUACGGAACACUGAGAAAAUAAUAACAGGUGUACAUGGUAUUUCCAAACUUCUUAAUGAACUGCUUUCAUGGUGGGCAAUUAGCAAAGAGGACUAUGCUAUGUAUUCUACAAGUAGUGGUUCAUCGAGUGAAGUAAUGGAAGAGCUCAUAAACUACUUAAUUCAGAAAAAAAAUAGAGUGAAGACAAGAAUUUUUAUUCAUGUUUUAAGUGAGUCUGAAGAAGUGGAUCCCAAACUGCGUGAUUGGAUGACUCGCCUCAACAGAAAUGGCUUAGAAGCUUCAGAAGUUUUUUUCUCUCGUUAUGCACAUUCUGUUCUGCAGCUUGACCUCGGCCUUGUAGUGGCUCUCUGGAAUGAGACUUACGGCAUUAAGCUAGAUAGUAUUCUGAGCUGCUCACCUCAAGAUGACAAUGAAGUCUUGAGCUUUUUUUGUAACUCAGCAGUCAUAGAGCUUCGCUGUUUUAUAUGGCUAUUAGAACAGAAUAGAGAGCAUUUUCCAUCUUUUCAUCAAUUUUUAGAUGAAUACUUUGAUAAAAUGGAUAAUCCUUUUACUGUAUUAAAGAAGCAGGAAACUGAAACUUCUUCAAAUAAUGGUAUCAAAGUAAAAAACAGAAACCGAAAGAAGCCAAAGGAAUCAAGGGGUAUUUCAGUUCUCUCUGGAGGAGUUGGUGCAGCAACUCGAGAGGAGGACAAUAUAUUUUCAGAAGAAAAUGCAUUAAGUUUUAUGAAUCCAUCUGAGCCUUUCAGAAUUCCAGAUUAUCUUUAUGAUCAAGUUGAGGAAUUUGAAGCUUUGUUUAAUGUUUCUUCCGGUAGCAGUUAUCACAGAAUGUUGGACAACUAUCCAGACCCAACGUGUGAAAACUUAUAUGACUAUUUUUUUCAAAUCUUGGAAGAACAUGGCCCUAUGGAAAUUGAUAGCCCUCUGUUAAUUGGAGAAUAUGAAUACUUUCCUGCAAGCACCCAUAAGAUUGUGGAAGAUGCUGGUGGUCUGAAAUCUUUCCUGCUGCAGUCUCUUCGUUUUAUUAUGAUGGGUGACCUUAUUGGUUUAAUGAAACAUGCAGUUAUACUGAAUGAAAAUGUAGAUGCUUCUGGAGUUGAACAAAGAAAUAGAAAUGGAGAAAAUUAUUCAACUUGCUUAUCUAGUCAAGAACAGAGUUCUCAAAGCAAACCACGUUUAAACCCAGCCGCUAAGGAGUUUACGCCUAUCUCUCAUAUUAAUAAACCAUUUAUGCCAGUAACUACUGACUCAGUAGCCAUCAGUAAUCUAGAAUAUAUGACUACCAGCCAUUCCUCUUUUAGUCCUUUUGUCUCUACAUAUUCUUUUUCUAAUCAGACAACUGACACAAUAGCAGCAUCACUGUCUACAUCAGAAUUAUCAAUGCCUUCAACUUUAUCUGAGAUCCAUCCAGUAUUUCUGAAUGAAGUUCCUUCAGACUUUCCAGUCAUUACUCAGAUAUCACUUACACCAGAUGUAUCAGAUCAGUCUAAUUAUAUAUUUGCAAGUUAUGAUGCUUACCUUGAUACUGAUCCAGAAGCUAUAUCAGAUGGUGACUACAGCGUUGAUAAUCUUGCAGCGAGUGAUGUACAGAAGUUCCAGAUUCUUGAGUGCAUAUUAAAGUCAGAAAAUCAACCUCAUGAACAAAACCUUGAUCAGAUUGAGCAUCAUAGUAAUGAAGCUGGAUGUCGUUCUGUUACCAAAGUGGAAACUGAUAAUAAAUCUGUAAUAAGAAACAACCCCCGUUCUAGGAUGAUUGCUAUUCAGGUAGAUCAUGAACUAACAGAUGCAGGAGUUAAUACUUUGCCUUUCCACCCAUAUGAAAUGCAGCAGGGAGAUAUGUUACGUAUGGAGAAAGAGCAUCAAGUACUACAAGAACAACUUAAAGAAGCAAAUGGGAAAUAUGAACAGCUAAAAUGUCGAAGCUCUGAAGAAAUAAGUGUUUCGGAAAAAGAAUUAAAAACAAGUGUUGAAACAAACAAGCUCGCCAAGAAAGAACUGGAUUGGUUUCAUACAGAUUUAGAAAUUAUGAUAAAAAGAUGGCAACAGGGAAAAAAGGAAAAUCAAGAAGGAUUAAAAAUAGGAAGGAGUAAAAUAAGAAAGCUAACAGAUACCAAUGAAAUGUACAUGAGGAACAUUGAUGAGAAAGAGAAGCAGUACAAAUUGUAUUUGGAUGAAUUCCUUGAGAUCAGCAAUAAAUUUGAAAAUGAAAAAGUAAAAAUGGAGGAGCUUACAAAAAAAAGUCGCAAUGACUACCUGGAGCUUGUUAAGCAGGCUGUUGCAGCAGAGGUGUCAGUUCUUACACACUGGAAGGAAACUGAAUUAUGCAAGUUACAUGGAAAAGCAGCACAUGCAGAAGCAACUCUUAAAUACCUGAAGGUCAUGAAUAGUUGCUUAGCACUGCCUGAUUGGAAGUUUCAAGUUGAUUCUUUGGAGUCCUUUAUUUCUGAUAUCAAAGAAGAAAUUGGAAAAGCAGAGAGUCAGUUUGAAGAGAGAAUUUGUAUGGUAAAAAAUGGUGUUUUGCUAAACAGUAUCUCCAAAGUAGAAAUUGCAGAACUUGAGCUUCCUUCCAGUCUAUCACCAGCAAUUCAUAAGACAUCUCCUAUUAAUGAUCCAGCUAUUCUCAUGUAUUCAGCUGGAGCUCCUCACCUACCAUCUAACUUACUGGAUACAUUUUCAAGUAUUAAAGAUAACAGUUUCCUGCAUUCCACAGUUAACAAGCUUAGUGGCAGUAAAACAUCUCAUAAAAAUUAUCAUGUGGCCUCUUAUGCACAUGCAGACUCUGGUGAAGCACUCUGUGAAGGUAAAGAGAGGCCAUAUUUUGAUAAAGUGUGUCAAUCCAUGUCACCAAGGAACACUAGAAGACAUGUCCAGGAUAUCCAAUUACAGCACAAUACUGCAGAAGAACCAGCAGCAACUGCAAGGUUGGACCAUAACCAAACUUCAGACAAGCCAUUUCUUCCACAGCCAUGUGAAAGUAUUAUUGACCAACUUAAGGCUAUAUUUCCAGACUAUACAAGUUCAGAUUUUGAGACCUUCAUAAAAGAAGUAAAAGUCAACAAUGGAAACAAACUAAGCAUGGAUGAGCUCCUUAACUUUAUUCUGGAUCAUGCAAACAAGAAGAAGAUUAACUCCUCUCUAGGGAAAAGUGAGAAACCACCCUCUUAUAAUUCUGGACAAACUAGAAAUCAGGCUCAAAAAAUAAAAAAGAUAUUGAAACAGAAUAUGCCUAGCACGUCUGUCUCAAGACCUGAUAAUGAAAACAAGAAAAAAAAACUUCCACCUUCAUCAACUCAGUUACCUUGGAAAACUGAUGGAGGAAUAGCAAAAUCCAAGUGGAAGAACACUAGUGAUGCCACUGAUAAUGAUCCCUGUGUGAUUUGCCAUGAGGAACUUAGCAUGGAAGAAUCCAGUGUGUUAGAUUGUGGACACAAAUUUCACAAGCUGUGUAUUGGUCCAUGGAUUAAGCAGCACAGUACAUGUCCAACAUGUCGUCGUCAUGUUUUGUUACCUGAAGAUUACCCUGAGCUUCGUGGACGAAACAGAUUUACUUGAAAUUUUAUUGCAGUAUACAAAUUAGCGAGACAUGUGCAAUGUGCUUCAUUUUAGAUGGAGUAACCAACAUGUAAUAUUAGUUUCUGCCAUUGUUCCUGAAUGCUAGUCAAAUUAAUAUUUCACACUUUGUAUCUUUCUGCUGCAUCUUAAGGUAUUUCCUAUUAGUAGAUAGUUCUCUUGCCACUAGUAACAUUAUGCAGUAUGUAUCUUAGCUGUUCUGUAGCAAAACUGGGAAUUUACCUGCUUUCAAACUAAUAGACAUUCUCUUGAAAAAUAAAAUUUUUAAUCUAGAUCUAUUUUCAAACAUCUCUGAAUAUGAGUAAUGUAAGAUGCGAAUUCAAGAUCAUGGACAGGUGUUCAGAUUAGUCUGGAACUUCAGUACAUCUGUAGUCUGGUUCUUGUUAAUUCUGAGUGACUGGUGAUCUUAGCUAACAAAUGUGAAGAUCCCAGCUGCCAAGAGUGGUGGAUGGCUCCCCCCGCACCUUCAUAAACACAUGCUCUUUUUCCAGUGCUAGUGCCUUGUUUUCAAAGAUUGCUCUUUCUCCAUACUGGUUGUUGGAUCCAAAGAACCACAAGUGGAAGCUUCUGGAGUUUAUCCAGUGAUAUAAGUUGGUUCUGUAGCAAUCCUCACGCUACCACAAGGAGAUCAUCAUGUUUGUAUAUAUCUCUUCUGUGGCACACUCUUGCUAUUAAAUAAAACAAGUUUUGCUGAAUGAAAGGCACCUUUGGAUCCAGCCCAUGACAUGAGAUUGCCAGUAAGUGUUCUCCCUAACCAUGAGCAAUAAAUGAAUGUGUUUGGUUAUAAUUCUGUUUCUGUCAGUAAAGACUGGUAACGGACUCACAUUUUAAUUUAGCUACUCUGAUUAUUUCCAGUGAUUAUGCAGUUACUUUUAUAUUAAGAUCAUAACCUUUUUUAAAGUUACAGAAGCAACUUCAAUCCUUCAUUUUAACACAAUAUCUUUUAAUAAAAUGUGAAUGUUUAUCUUGACUGUGCUUUAGGAAAACUGGUAAAUUAACCAGCUUUAGCAUAUAUAUAGCACAUGUGCAGUGCUUAUGUAGGAGGGAAAUGAUAGAGCAGGGGUCCUAACUUGCCCUCCCUUUGCACACCAGGGAGGCCUGUUUGCAUCUCCUAUGUCCCAACCUUGUUCCCUCCACUCAGUCAAGGGACAUGGCCUUCUGGCCAAAUUCAUUUGUCUGAAUAGCGGCUCUUAUAAAAGUUAUUUUGGGAUGUCAAGAAAAGUUAGUCUCUGAAACUAACAGUUAAGCAGCUGUAGUAGAGAUCCCUGUCCAGUGCAGCAACAUUGGUUUUUUAAAAAAUAUUUCCCAUUGUGUCAUCACAUAUUUAAGAGUUUGACUGAAUAACUGGAAAACUUUAAUAGCCUGAUGUCCAGACAAGCUGUUUUCAGCAUUGUACAUUUAUUGCUUAAUCAUCUCUUCAUUCAGAAUAUUAAAUUGUCAUUAAUUAACAAAAAAUUGGUAACAAUUUUAAUAUGUAUUGAGUCAAAUUUGUAUUCUGUG